AGAAAUUACCUUGGAUGUAAUUAAAGGGAUAAUAACUAAAUUUUAUUAGCAGUAUUAUCCAGGGACAUGGGGAGGCCUUUUAAAUGAAUUUCUGUUGCCAAGUUGUAUCUUUUGUCUCUUCUGCAAGAUCUGCAUCAUGCUAGUCAAAAAUUACAUUUUCAUAGCAUAAAAUAUGCCAGUAUCGACUCACAUACUGAUAUGUUUCUUACCCCAUCCUCCUCCCUAACCCACUGAGCACUGCUCUGAUAUGAGUCCCACCCUCACCCUGGCUUUAGGAAGAGGAAACCUAUAGACACUAAAGCAGGCCAACGUUUCUGUUUUAGGCCAUGGCUGACGUCGAGAUCUUAGAGGACCGAGACAAGCUGAAGCGAGGCCUGGUGAAGGUGCUGGAGUGCGUAGCCACCAUCUCAUCAGCAGCCGCUGUGGUGAAUCCCAUCUUCGGUGUGGCAGGCUCGCUGAUCCGUGUCGUCCUCCACCAUGUGGAUGAUGAGGAGAUUCAAACUCUUCGACGUGAGUUUGGCAGUGUGAACCGGGCCUUGGAUGAGCUUUCAGUGCAGAACCGUGGUGCGUUGCUCCAGAUCAAGAAGGAGACAUUGGACGGGCAAUACAGCCGCGUAGAGGAGAACCUACGCAACCAGUUCCGUAAAUUCAUGGAGGUGGUGGAGGCACGGCCCGAGCACAAGGAGCGCAAGCGCGAUGAUUUUGAGGAAAGCUAUGCCAACGACAUGGGUGACCAGAACCUGCACACCCUCUAUGACGGUGUAAUGGGCAAGCCCAAGCUCUUCAGCCGACCCAUCCUCGAAGUCUACAUGACUCACUCACAAGGAGAUCGUAGGGUGAUGGAGCGCCUGUGCACACGCCUCACCUACCUGUUCUGCGUCGGCCUCAUCGCUCUGAUGGGUUACGCUGCCAUCAUUGGUGAUGAUGAGGAGGGCCUGAGCGAGGAGUGGACCAAGAAGAUGGAGAAUGUGCAAGAGAGGAUGCAGGAGGUGCUCGGGAAAUGCAAGUGAUUCCCCUGAAUUACACAAGUUUGUUAUGUUUGUUAUGUUCUACAUUAUUUACUGUCACUACCCUUAAUAAAAGGGGCAGCCGUUUUUUGCAUUCAUAUUCCAGGCCAUGAGUUUUUUGUUUUUUUUUUGCUAUUGACAUGCCCCAACUUAGAAAGUCAGGGCUCAAAGAAAAAAAUGAGUUCCUGAGGGAAAUUACGAUAUCUCUGACAUGACUUAAAGGCAGCAUAUUUGGUAACUAGCAUUAGUUACCAUUCUUUCUGUUAACCCUUAAUCACAUUGUUAGCAUGACUACAUUCAAUGAUUGUAUUUUAAAUGUUUUCAAUAAAGUUAUUGAAAAAUAAAACAUGACAAGAUGAGUAUAUUUUUACUGAAAAAAAAAAAAUCAAAACAGCAUCUUUUGUUCAUACAAUAAGAGUGUAAACAGACUUUGUCUGUAUCCAUUCUUCCAAUUAGCCUAUGUUGUAUUCUUGAGGAGCAGAUCUAGGGUAUGCAACUGAGUGUAUCUUGCUGUCUAGAAGGCUGAUACCUGAACAUUUGGGAGAUGGCUCAAGCAAACGCUUGUGUUUGCAAUUAGAACACACCAAUUUAUUAUGUGGCAUUUAGGUUUUAAAAACUGGUGUUUAGAUUAUUAACAUGUUUCAUGUUCCAUGGUUUUACAGUGCAGUGGUUUGUGUUAUAGCACUCUUCGAUAUUUUCUGGUUGGAGCAGUUAGAUUCAUAUCAUAGUAUACAAAUAGGGCCCCAAAAAUGGUUCAAGCCCAGGGACCCUUACCUUACCUCGCCCCUGCUCUUAGAGAUUGACAAAAAAAAAAAAAUUGAAUAUUUUAUAAUGCAAAUAAGUCUCUGCACUGCGCUUGUUUUGAAUAAUAAUUAGGUCUUUGUUUGUGGAUACACACUUGCAACUUUGGAGAGGUAUGUCAGUUCCCUAUAAUUCUGGCACUCUACUAUAUUCCAGUGACUAUUUCUUUCUAUCUUUGAUUAAUUAUUAUAAAAAUAUCCCUCUCUUGUUUUGAGACUCUGUGCACCUCCAGCUGUUGCCAUAGUGUCAGUUGCCACUCUAUAUGGGUUAUUUGAAUGUUGGAAGCCUGGAAUUUGUGA